CCCUGGUGACAAGAUAGGGUACCUGUUGAGUUCUCUGCUCUCUACCUCAGUUCCUGAAGUCUGGGUGCUGGAGGCAUGAACAAGAUCUUCCCCCAGGGGGAUGUCACCCGCAAUGCUGCUGCUGGAACCAAAGCCCGCCCUGGAGGGGAAGCAACCUGCGGCCCCUGCUGCUCCCGACGUGGGGCCUGCCUCUCGGCCUUCCUGCUGUUCCUGCUGGCAAUGCUCGCGGCCCUCAUCACCCUGGUCACCAUCGUUGGACUCCCUUCACGCACAUCAGGGGCCCAGGCCUGUGUGACGCUGACUAACAGGACAGGCUUCUUGUGUGGGGACCGGAGGAGCUGCAUCUCCGCCAGCCAGGUGUGUGAUGGCCUUCGCACCUGUCCCCACGGCGAUGACGAGGAUGAGAGCUUGUGCCGAGAUGUGCCCCAGAACCUCCCCAGCUUCCUUGUGGCUCGCUGUGGAGACCUGGCCUCCUGGAUCUACUCAGACCAAAAGUGUGAUGGGAUCAACAACUGCGGGGACUGCUCAGAUGAACUGAGCCCAGUGACUGCAUGCCCACCCUGUGACGCUGGGUGGUGGCGCUGCUCUCCAACUGUCUUCAAAUACUGCAGCUGUAUCCCAAGGACUCUCUGCCAGGACCACGUGCAGCACUGCUCUGACUGGUCCGAUGAGUACUCCUGUCCCGGACCCUGAGAGGGCCUUCCAGGCCAGCGGGAGAGGCUGGUUGGAAUGGCACUGGUAACUCUUCACAAGAACGUCAAGUCCUGGACCAAAAGGCAAGAGGAGCCUUCAAAAUCUUCUAGCAGGAUCUACACACUGUAUCUCAAUAGGAAUUGCCUCUUCACUUUUCCAGUUGCUCAGCCACUGCUUGAAUGCCUCCAGUGACAGGGAGCUCACUAACACGUUGUCAGUUUCUAACAAAGACGAGGAGAAUCUGCCCCUAUGGUUUUAGGCCUGUCUCUGAGACAACGCGGAGGAAAUGUGGUCCUCUACUCCAUGCCAGGCUUGCUGAUCCCAAUCUUGUCCCCUUUAGAAGAAAUGUUUGAGACUUAAGUGUCAAGCUAGGAGUUUAGCCCCCAAGGGGGGUACAUAAGUAAAGUAUAUGCCACUCCCUGCCUAUUUGGUAUCUAAGGCAGAUGGUGCUGGGUUCGGAGGCCACUUUAGCUAGCUGAGCAGCCCUGGGCUCUUGAGGAAGGGGCUCUAUUUUGGUCCCAGAGCUGGACUGAGCCAUUUCUCUGCAUACUUUUCCAGCUUCACAGCACCCAGGCAGGUAGGGAUAGAUGUCUCCAUUAGACAAAUGAGGAAACUGAGGCCCAGAGCAGGAAAUGGCUUGCCCAGGAUCUUGCAGCAAAGUCAAGGCUGAAACUGUUCCACGUACCCAGACAGGUUCCAUGUGCCCUCAACCUCAAGACCUUUCUAAAAGCUACCAAUAUGGUCCUUCCUUGGCAGGGGCAGUCUCUAAGGGGUAUUAUAAGAGGUAGCUUGAGGGGCAGAAAUGGUCCCACACUUAUUCUGAAAGAGAGUCUUGGAAUCUGGCCAAGGGGAGGGUUCCUGUUAAAGGAGACAGGUGUGUCCCCAUUGGAAAUUAUUGAAAUUGGUUUUAGAUAGCAGUCUUGCAUAUGUUUUGAACUGAAAAUGAGCAUUGGAGAGGCUGGUGAGCCCCGGGUCACUCUUCCCCUCUUUCAUUCAUUUGUUCGUUCAUGCAUCAGUCUCUGCUUUCUCUGGGCAAACCAGGAGCAGGGUGCUGGUCCCCCCAAGAAGAGAACUGGGUCCCAGCACAGGAGGAAUAUGGAGUCUUACGGAGAUCACACCUCACACCCUGGAGGGAUGAGUGGGACAGCAGGAAAUUCUGGGCCCCAAGGAAGGACCUCUAGGAGCCAGGACAAUUACAUCCCUGACUCUGAGCAACUGGAACCAGUUCCUGGGACAGGGAACCUCUGGGCUCCUGCCAGAGGGACAGUCAGCUUUCUGCUCUGUCACCAUUGGCUGGGUUUCUUUCCAACUGCAGCCCAAGCAGGGGCUAUGGAGGGUCUCAGGCAUCGAACUGGCCUUAGGGGGCCGGGAGGCUUUUCAGAGGGUGGGGUAGAGGAAAAGGACAUUCCUGAGUUGGUCCAUGUGAACUGAGACGUGACAGGGUACAGCUCAGCCAGGGAAUGUCCACCCAACCAGUGGCCAAAGCGUAGGGUGGCAGAGGAGACAGCUGGAGAGGGGGGAGCAGGGACCGAGCAUGAUGGGCACAGCAUGUCACACUUCAUCCCAAGGCCAGUGAGGUGUCAUGGUGGGGGGCAUGAAGCAGGAAAACGGAACUGCUUUUAGAGCACUUAAGACCUCUCACUUGUAGAGACAGGCGGCUUGUCGAAGGGCAUGUUUCUGGUGGGGACCAGAACCAGACGCAUGGACUCAGAAACCUAGGUGCGUGCCGUGACAGCUCAGUAUUCUGUGCUGUCUCUGGAGGGCUGGAAAAACUUGCUCAGAGGGGUCCCCUGUCUCAGGAGCUGGUUCCAGUUGCUCAGAGGGGAUGGCUGAGCAGGGCCUUGACCUCGAAGAGGACUGAGCCAGGAGGAAAGCGGGAAAUGGAGGACAGAUGGACUUGGGACAGGAGUAGGGGCUGGGCAGGGACAGGCAGCCAGGCACAGGGAGGGCACCAGUAACUAAAGGAGCAUGAAGUGUUCCCUGUGCCCAGACUGCACAAGCUGUAGAGAGGGACCUUGACUGAGGGGGUGAAGUAGCUGCAACCAAGGCUCAGGAAGGAUGACUGAGCACCAGGUUAGCUCACAGCCUUGCCAAGAGGGCAAAGUGAGAUCCAGAAUGCAAAUGCCAUCAAAAAACAGAAGAAGGGUUGCCAAGAGCCGUGCCAGAGCCUCUGGGGAGUAUUAGCUGCAGUGUUUAGUGAGCACUUAGUCCAGGCUUGGCACCGCUGCAAGCCUUGUCUCUGGAAUAUCAUUUCCUCCAAUUCUCAAGAACCUGGUUUAUUACUCACACCCUUCCAGAGGCACAGAGAGAUGAAGCUGCUUGCUUACCAUCACAUAGCCUUCAGGAUAGAGCCAGGAGCUAAACUUACACAGGCCCAAAUUCUCAGCCCAUCACAGCCCUCCUGAUGGCUCACUCUACGUCAGCCUGGUCUUCCCAGCCAGGAAUGGGGAGCCAGGGAGCCACAGCCUGUAAACAGGAAGUGGCUGAGGUUGGCAGAACCUGUGUUUAUUCCUCUGUUUAUUGGUUUUUCCUUUCAGAAAGGAGCAGGUGCCAUAGCAAUAUCCCAACAGCGCUGCUUAUGCAGGCCCCCAGAGACAGCAACACAGGGCAGCCUGGCAGGCCCUCCCCAGACCAAGGAGGCAGAGUAGGCUGGAGCAAGAACCCAGCAGCCCGUGUCAAUAUUUGUCUUCUCUCAUCCUCCCUGGCCCCAGCAACAAGAUCAGGACUUUAAGUACAACAGGUUCUUUGCUGUGCAAACACUCAGGGAUAGAUUAAUGGAAUUUAAAGCGGCUCAGGCUUGGCCCCAGGGUUUGGAUUGGAAAUCUGGUCUGGUUUAACUGUCUGCUGUCACUGUUGGCCCCGGGCUCUCCUUUCAUCCUUAGGCUCACAGAGCCACAGACAUUAGAGCUAGUAGGGACCUCAGAGGCCGCCAGCCUUUUUUUUUUUUUAACAUUUAUUUUUUAGUUAUAGAUGGAUACAAAUCCCCAUUUUAUUUUUAUGUGGUGCUGAGGAUCGCACCCACUGCAUCUUAAAUGCUAGGUGAGCGCUGUACCUCUGAGCCCCAGCCCCAGCCCCAUCAGCCAGGCUUUUGACAAAAGAGAACACCAAUCCAAAGCUGCACUGCCUAGUGGUUAUUGCUGGGGAUUUUGAGGGCCACCCACAACUCCAGACCAGGUAGAAGCAAUUUCGCUGAGUCCUAAAAAGGCACACGCACACAUGUAUUCACACAAUAGUCCUUGUUUGUCUGUGGGGAUGUACUCCAAAACUCCUAGAGGAUGGGCAAAUAGCAUCAAAACUACAUAUAUUAUGUUGUUUUCUAUACAUACAUAGAAAAGUUUGAUUUAUAAAUUGGGCAUGAUAGGAGAUUAAUGACAAUGACUACUAAUAAAAUAGCGAUAUACUGUAAUACAGCAAUAUACUGUAAUAAAAUUGCCAGUAACAGUUCUCUUGUGCUUUCGGGCAUUAUUAAGCAAAAUAAGGGUUACUUUAAUACAACACUGCAAUGUCUCAAUAGUCAAGGGCUAUUAAUUUCUAACAGGAGGGUAGUAUAUACAGUGUGGAUAUGCUAGGAUGUCUUUUUUCUCUGAUUACUUUUCAGAUUUUCUUUUAUCAUUGCUUUUGAACAAUUAUAUUAUGAUGUGUGCCUUGGUGUGGGAUUCUUGGUCCAAUCUACAAAAAAAUUUUUUUUUAAUUUUUUAAAUAUUUAUUUUUCAGCUUUGGGCGGACACAACAUCUUUGUUUGUAUGUGGUGCUGAGGAUCGAACCCGGGCCGCACGCAUGCCAGGCGAGCGCGCUACCGCUUGAGCCACAUCCCCAGCCCCCAAUCUACAAAAAUUUUGACCAUUAUUUCUUUAAGUAUUUUCUCUGUCCCUCUUCUUCUCUCCUCAUAAUCUCUAAUUACAUACAUACUGAGCAGUAUAUGUCCACAGUUCACUAAUAUUCUGCUCAUGGUCUUACAAAUUGUUUUUCCUGGGCUGGGAUUGUGGCUUAGUGGUAGAGCUCUUGCUUAGCACAUGCGAGGCCCUGGGUUUGAUUCUCAGCACCACACAAAAAUAAAUAAAUAAAAUAAAAGAUACUGUGUUCAACUACAACUAAAAAAUAAAUAUUAAAAAAUUGUUUUUCCUCUCAGCAUUUUAUUUUGGAUAGUUUCUAUUGAUCUGUCUUCAAAUUCACAGUUUCUUUCUUCUUCAAUAUUUAAUUUGUCAUUAAUUCCAUUGGUGCAUUUUUCACUCCGAAGUUUGAUUUGGGUCCUUGAUAUUCUCCAUGUCUCUACUUAACUCUUCAACGCAUGGAGCACAAUUAUAGCUAUUAAUCUCUCUCUCUCUCUCUCUGCCGAUUCUAGUAUCUAUAUCAGUCUUGAGUUGAUUCAGAUAAACUGAGUUUUCUCCUCAUUGUGAAGUAUACUUUCUUGCUUCUUUUAAAUGCCUAGUAGUUUUAUUUAAAAAAUAUUUAUUUUUUAGUUGUAAUUGGACACAAUACCUUUAUUUUAUUUACUUAUUGUUAUAUGGUGCUGAGGAUUGAACCCAGGGCCUUACACAUACUAGGUGAGUGCUCUACUGCUGAGCCACAAGCCCAGCCUCCUAGUAGUUUUAUUUUAAUACAACAGCUUUAUUGUGUUAUAAUGUACAUACCAUAUAAUCCAUUCAUUUAAAAUGUACUAUUCCAUGUGUUUUAGUAUAUUCAGAGUUGUGCAGCCAUCAUCAUAUUCACUAUUAAAACAUUUUCAUCACAACAAAUAGCAACCCUUGUAACUAUUAACAGUCAUCCCCAACUACCCAUUCUUAGACAAUCACUUUGUUUCUGUAGAAUUACUGUAUUAGUCAGUUUUUUUUUUUUUUUUUGCCACUGUGACCAAAAUACCUGAUAAGAACAGUGUAGAAGAGGAAAAGUUUAUUUGACACUCAGAAUUCCAGAGGUCUGAAAUCAUGCUCUGGUCCCAAGGUGGAGUAGAACAUCAUGGUGGAAAGCUGCAGAGGAGGAAAGCAGCUCAGGACAUGGCAAUCAGGAAGCAGAGAGAGCUCCACUCACCAGGGACAAAAUAUAAAGCCUUCAGGCACACUCCCAGUGACAUACCUCCUCUAUUUGCAUAUAGUUAUCACCCAGUAAUCCAUAUUGAUGGAGUUAUUUUAAUAUCUAUUUAUUUAUUUUUUAGUUUUCGGCGGACACAACAUCUUUGUUUGUAUGUGGUGCUGAGGAUCGAACCCGGGCUGCACGCAUGCCAGGCGAGCGUGCUACCGCUUGAGCCACAACCCCAGCCCAUAUUGAUGGAGUUAUACUGAUUAGUUGUCUACUGAUUCAGGUUAAAGCUUUUAUUACUCAGUCAUUUCAACUCUGAAAAUUUUUGCACCUCACCAUUGAUGAGGCUGGUUUUGAACUUGUGAUUCUCCUGUCGCAGCCUCCUGAGCAGCUGGGAUUACAGCAUCACCACCUUACCCAGCAGGGAUUUUUGCCUUUAUACCCUUCACCUGAAAUGGGUGUAGUCUUGCCAAUUUAUGAGAUGCCCUCAAACCAUCUUUCCUAUUGUCUCUGAGUAAAGUAUUUAGCAUCCUGUUAGUGGCUGCAAUGUCUUUAACAACCACAACUUUCUUAACCUCAGUUUUACUCUUAUUUUUCUGGCCAAAUUUAAAGUUUUUCAAAUCUUCUCUGCUUUCUGCUCCUGAAUAUCACACUAAACUUGACUAAAAGCCACCAGCAAUAUCCAUCCAUGCCACCACCUGAAUUCUAUGCUGCAUAGAAAUUUAUUUCACAAGAUUAAGAAAUCCAUCACCUUUAAAUUCAUUCUCACAGAAAAUCUCGGGACAUGGGCAAAAUGUAGAUGACUUUUUUGCCAGAAUAACAUGAGUGGCCUCUAGUCCAAUAUCCAAAAGAGUCCUCCUUUCCCUCUGAAAUCCCAUGAACCCAGUCUUUACUAUCCAUAGUCCAUUUAGCAUUUUAGUCUCCUGAGCUACCACCAGACUCCCACAUUAGCUUCCCUUACAAAGUUCUAAAGCUUUUCUGGCUUGCAUCUCUAAACUUUUAAAAAUUCUUCUCCACAAACCAGCUCCAAAGGCUUCUGAAACACAUGGUUAUAUUAGUAACAGCAAUGACCCUAGUCUUUCUAUCAAUUUCUGUUUGAAUCAGCUUUUUCAUCACUAAGAUCAAAAGACCUAACAAGAACUUAGAAAAAGAAGUUUAUUUUGGAGAUCAUGGUUUCAGAGGUUCAUAGAUUGCCAUAGAUGGCUGACUCCAUCUCGGAGCCCAAGAUGAGGCAGAACAUCAUGGCAGAAGAUUGAGAAGGAUAAAAAGCAAGCUCAAGACAUGGCAAUCAGAAAGCAGAGAGAGCAUCACUCACCAGAGAAAAAAUAUAAACCCCAAAGGCAUACCACUAUUGACCUAUCACCUCCAACCACACCCUAUCUUCCUACAGUUACCCCUCAGUUAAUCCACGUCGAUCUAUCAUAUCAAAUAAUUUUUAUUGGAUUCCAGAUGUGAAUUUUAAUGUCUGGUGCUGAAUAUUUUUUUUUUAAAGAGAGAGAUAGAUAGA